GAGACCUACCAGAGCUUGAGUCUUAGCUCCUUGAUAAUCAUCACUGGGACCCAGGUAGGAGCAGGACAGACAGAACACCCAGGAGGGCCAGAGAACAAGAGUACAGAGGACCAAAAGGGUAGAGGGAGGAGCUGAGGACUGCGUGGUGGCAUUGAGCACCGGGGUCCACAAUAUGUCUGGUGGCAGAGGGGUUCAGGUCCAGGAGGCUUCAUCAUCCCGGAGAUUGUGAAGCUGCCGUGAGUUCCCUUUCAGUCAACCUAAAAAAGGGGAAGAGGAGCCAGUGCAACAGACAAGAACGUGGUCAUCUGUUCCCGUCCUCACAGAACUAGCAGCUGGGAGCCCUGUGCCCAGCCGACUCUCCAACCUGCAUCGGCCCACACUACCCCCUGGAGGCUAUGGAGUUGGGGGCUCCUCUGAUCCUGCUGCUGGCCACAGUUUGGCAUGGUCAGGGGGCCCCUGUCAUCGAGCCUAGUGGCCCAGAGUUGGUUGUAGAGCCAGGUGCAACGGUGACCCUGCGAUGUGUGAGCAACGGCAGUGUGGAAUGGGAUGGCCCCAUCUCUCCCUACUGGACCUUGGAUCCCAAAUCUCCUGGAAGCAUUCUGACCACAAGAAACGCAACCUUUAAAAACACUGGGACCUACCGUUGUACUGAGCUUGAAGACCCCAUGGGGGCCAGUACUACCAUCCACUUGUAUGUCAAAGAUCCUGACCGGCCCUGGAAUUUGCUAGCAAAGGAAGUGACAGUGGUUGAGGGCCAGAAAGCUGUUCUGCCCUGUCUGAUCACUGACCCCGCACUGAAGGACAGUGUCUCACUGGUGCGUGAGUGGGGCAGGCCGGUCUCACACAGAACAGUCUACUCCUUCUUACCGUGGGAAGGGUUCAUCAUCCACAAGGCUAAGGUUCUUGACAGCCAUACCUACAUGUGCAAGACUGUGGUGAAUGGUAGGGAAUCCACCUCCAUUGGCAUCCGGCUUAAGGUGAAUCGAGGCCACCCAGGGCCCCCACAUAUAAUAUUGGAGCCUACUGAGCUGGUGCGGAUUCGAGGGGAGGCUGCCAAGAUUGUGUGCUCGGCCACUAAUGCUGAAGUCGAAUUCAAUGUUAUCCUCAAGCGUGGAGACACCAAGCUGGAAAUCCCCAUAAACAGUGACUUCCAAGAUAACUGUUAUAAAAAAGUCCGGACCCUCAGUCUCAGUGCUGUGGACUUCCAAGAUGCUGGCAUAUAUUCCUGUGUAGCCAGCAACAAUGCUGGCACACGCAUGACCUCCAUGAAUUUCCAGGUGGUAGAGAGUGCCUACUUAAACUUGACCUCUGAGCAGAGCCUCUCACAGGAGGUGUCUCUGGGUGAGAGCCUCACCCUCACAGUCCAUGCAGAUGCCUACCCUGGCCUACAGAGGUACAACUGGACCUACCUAGGGCCAUUCUUUGAAGACCAGCACAAGCUUGAGUUUAAGACCCAACGGACCACAUACAGCUACUCAUUCAAGCUCUUCCUGAACCGAGUAAAGUCCUCGGAGGCUGGCCAGUACUCCUUAAUGGCACAAAACAAGGCAGGCUGGAAUAAUCUGACCUUUGAGCUCACCCUGCGAUAUCCCCCGGAAGUCAGUGUCACAUGGAUGCCUGUGAAUGGCUCUGAUGUCCUGUUCUGUGAUGUCUCUGGAUACCCUCAGCCCAAUGUGACAUGGAUGGAGUGCAAGGGCCACACCGAUAGGUGUGAUGAGGCCCAGGCCUUGCAGGUUUGGAAUGAUGCCCACCCUGAAGUCCUGAGUCAGAAACCCUUCCACAGAGUGAUCAUUCAGAGCCGACUUCCCAUUGGGACCUUAAAACACAACAUGACUUAUGUUUGCAGAGCCCACAACAGUGUGGGUAACAGCUCCCAGUUCUUCAGGGCCUUUUCCCUAGGACGAAGCAAGCAGCUCCCUGAUGAGUCCCUGUUCACUCCAGUGGUGGUGGCCUGUAUGUCUGUCAUGUCUCUGCUGGUGCUACUGCUGCUGCUGCUCUUGUACAAGUACAAGCAGAAGCCCAAGUACCAGGUGCGCUGGAAGAUUAUUGAGAGCUACGAGGGCAACAGCUACACCUUCAUUGACCCUACCCAGUUGCCCUACAAUGAGAAGUGGGAGUUCCCCCGGAACAACCUGCAGUUUGGUAAGACUCUAGGAGCUGGUGCCUUUGGGAAGGUGGUGGAGGCUACAGCCUUUGGUCUGGGCAAAGAAGAUGCCGUGCUGAAGGUGGCCGUGAAGAUGCUGAAAUCCACGGCUCAUGCUGAUGAGAAGGAGGCCCUGAUGUCAGAACUGAAGAUCAUGAGUCACCUGGGACAGCAUGAGAACAUAGUCAACCUCUUGGGAGCCUGUACUCAUGGAGGGCCUGUCCUGGUUAUCACCGAAUACUGCUGCUAUGGAGACCUACUCAACUUCCUUCGAAGGAAGGCCGAAGCUAUGCUGGGACCUAGCCUGAGUCCUGGUCAGGACCCCGAGGGGGACUCCAGCUACAAGAACAUCCACCUGGAAAAGAAAUACGUGCGCAGGGACAGUGGCUUCUCCAGUCAGGGUGUAGACACGUACGUGGAGAUGAGGCCUGUCUCGACUUCUUCAAAUGACUCCUUCUUUAAGCAAGAUCUGGACAAAGAGGCCAGCCGGCCACUGGAGCUCUGGGACCUGCUCCACUUCUCUAGCCAAGUGGCACAGGGCAUGGCUUUCCUUGCUUCCAAAAACUGCAUCCACCGGGACGUAGCGGCUCGAAAUGUGCUGUUGACCAGUGGACAUGUGGCCAAGAUUGGGGACUUUGGGCUGGCUAGGGACAUCAUGAAUGACUCCAACUAUGUUGUCAAGGGCAAUGCCCGCCUGCCUGUAAAGUGGAUGGCCCCAGAGAGCAUCUUUGACUGCGUCUACACAGUUCAGAGUGAUGUGUGGUCCUACGGCAUCCUUCUCUGGGAGAUCUUCUCGCUUGGUCUGAACCCCUACCCAGGCAUCUUAGUGAACAGCAAGUUCUACAAACUGGUGAAGGAUGGAUACCAAAUGGCUCAGCCUGUAUUUGCACCGGAAAACAUAUACAGCAUCAUGCAGUCUUGCUGGGACCUGGAGCCUACCAAAAGACCCACCUUCCAGCAGAUCUGUCUCCUCCUCCAGGAGCAGGCCCGAUUGGAGAGGAGAGAGCAGGACUAUGCUAACCUGCCAAGCAGUGGUAGCAGUGGCAGUGACAGUGGUGGUGGCAGCAGCGGCAGUAGCAGUGAGCCUGAAGAGGAGAGCUCCAGUGAGCACCUGGCCUGCUGUGAGCCUGGGGACAUUGCCCAGCCCCUGCUGCAGCCUAACAACUACCAGUUCUGCUGAAGCGGGAGAGCAGAGUCCUGCUCCUCUGCUCGGCCCAGCUCAACCUCCCCCAUGGACGGGCAACAUGGGGAGAACAUGAACUUCGCCCUCAGCUUGGCCCAGCUCUGAAAUUUCAGAGCAUGAGGGUCUGGGGAGGUUAGAGGCCCCAUUCCCAGAGCCUGAGCCAUCACUGCCAGUGGGGUUCUCACAGUGCUAGCCUCUAUUUACUACGCCAACUGGUGCACCCCUAGUUCACUUUCUUCAUCCUGUUCUCAUUUGAAAAACCCGUCCCAAACUCUCAUGUUUCAAUGUAAAGACUGAUUUAUGUCUCAAAAGACAGGGUCUCAAAGGCUGUGGGUGGGUGGAAGGUUUGCCUCCCUGACUGAUGCUUAGACUACAGGCUUGAGGCGGUGGCCCCUGCCUAAGCUCACAGGACUGGUUGCCACUCUUGCCCUUCAGUCUAUCUGUAGUCCCGCCUCAUCCUGGAUCUUGUACUGCUAGAAUGAGCCAAGUGGCAGUAAAAGUCAGGGAUGUUCUACCUAGUGUCCUGUCACUCUAGGCUGGAAGGCAUGGGACCUUGUCACAGGUGGGCCACACACAGCAAAUACGGCAUGCUUCUUUCCAAGCUGACUAGUCCUCAUUAACCGUCAACAUUAAACUAACAGCAUUAACACAACCA